AUGUUGGGUGAAGAUCUGGAGAAGGAAUAUCCCAGGACUGGUGACCUUGAGUUUGUGGAAGGUGAAUUUUUCUAUGCAAACACUAGUGCGGAAGUAAAUGAUUGUCUCAAGAUUUCCUUCCUCAAUACUUCAAGUGGGCCUAAUGCUGUGGCUUCGGUACAAUUUGUCAUCUUCAGUGCAACUGGGCUUAAUGUUGAGUAUAAAAACCAUAUAAUCGCUCUUUUCCGGUUACUGCGGCACGAGAAUCAUGAGCACAAAGUGUCCCGCGACACCCUGUACGAGGCGGUGCGGGAAGUCCUGCACAGGAACCAGUGCAAGCGCAAGUUUUUGGAGACGGUGGAGCUGCAGAUCAGCCUGAAGAACUACGACCCUCAGAAGGACAAACGCUUCUCGGGCACCGUACUUAAGUCCACUCCCCGCCCCAAGUUCUCUGUGUGUGUUUUGGGGGACCAGCAGCACUGUGAUGAGGCCAAGGCAGUGGAUAUUCCCCACAUGGACACUGAGGUGCUGAAGAAACUCAACAAGAAUAAGAAGUUAGUCAAGAAGCUGGCCAAGAAGUAUGAUGCCUUUUUGGCCUCAGAAUCUCUGAUCAAGCAGAUCCCACGAAUCCUGGGCCCAGGCCUGAAUGAGGCUGGCAAGUUUCCUUCCUUGCUGACCCACAAUGAGAACAUGGUGGCCAAAGUGGAUGAAGUGAAGUCUACCAUAAAAUUCCAGAUGAAGAAGGUGCUGUGUCUAGCAGUGGCUGUUGGCCACGUGAAGAUGACAGAUGAUGAGCUUGUGUACAACAUCCACUUAGCAGUCAAUUUCCUGGUGUCCUUGCUCAAGAAGAACUGGCAGAACGUCCGGGCUUUGUACAUCAAGAGCACCAUGGGCAAGCCCCAGCGCCUGUACUAAGGCACAGUUCAAUAAAUUCUAGUGCUACUGUU